AAGCGCAACUUGGACUCGACCACCAUGGUCGCCACCAGAAAAGCACCAGUGACGCCCGUUCCAGCGCAGUCGCGGUCACAAUCAACGCAGAACAUACCGCGAGCGAAGUCGAAGACGCGCAACCAUGUCCCCAAUGCCAGCAGUCUCGCGCGAGAGUUUUCGACACCGCCAACUCAACCUACAAAGACGCAAUGGCGAAAGCCCAAGACACGUACAUCAUUCAUCAACAAGCUCUUCCUCUUCGCCCUCUCCUGCCUGUGCGUGUACAGCAUAGCAACAUGCUCGAGCGAAGACAACCUCCAACGCCCCCUCUGCCGCUCCCUAUCGACAUACCGACAAUACGUCGUCGAGCCUUACAUCAUCCCUCCACUCAAGGCAGCCGUCAAUCACCCCUCCGUUUCCCCCUACGUCGAGAAGGCCUACGCCGCCGAGCAGCGCGUCGAGCCCUACGUCCUCCGCGCCUACGAGAUCUCCCAGCCCGUCGUCCGCAAGGCCGUCACCCUCGCCACCCCGUACGCCAUCAGCGCCAAGCACCUCGUCUGGGACAGGACGAUCGUCCCCCAGUACCACCGCCACGCCGUCCCCCGCUAUAACGUCUACGUCCAGCCGCACCUCGACAAGUACGUCGUCCCCGUGCAGCAGGCCGUCGUGCGCUACUACGCGCAGGCGGAGCGCUACUACGGCCAGGCGCGCAGCUUCUACGACGCGCGCCUGCAGCCGCACGUCGCCAAGGCUGUCGAGAUCGGCCAGCGCGUGUAUGUGUUCGUGAAGCCGCGCGCGCUGCAGGCGUACACGCACGUCUACACGCGCCUCAACGCCCGGUGGCAGGUUAUCAGGCCCGACGUCAUGCGCUUCUCCGCGCUCUACUGGGAGCGCAUGACCAUGAUUGCAGAGCUCUUCGGCGACCUGCGCAGGGAGUUUGUCGACCCUCACGUACUGCGCAUCUGGGACAAGGUCGUCGAGCUGAGCGGCGGCAAGGUUGCCCCUUCGCAAACGACGCCUGUCACGCAGGCCACCGCAGCCGAGCCCACGCCGGAGACCCCCGCGGAGUCCGUAACCACCAGCGAGGCCAAGAUUACCCCCACGACUUUGUCAUCAGCAGCUGCAGGCGAAGCAUCAUCGUCUGUGCCGCCACCUCCUGUCGAGACGGUCUCAGAGACUGCGACCUCUGUGACGCCGUCGUCCACUAUUGCCGCGCCCGCUGUGGAGACGCCUUCUGCCAGCUUCGUUGAGACUGCAUCCGUCAGCUCAUCUUCGCAGGCCGUCACUCAGGAGACCACUCUCACCCUAUCUUCCCCGCCUUCUGCCGCCGCCGUCGUUCCCACCGAUGUCAUUGAGGAAGAAGAUGUCGACCAAUUCCUUCUGGACCUUCUCGGCGAGACUUCUGACGCCAAGGUCGCCGCCGAUCAGGGUGCUGAGGCCAACGAGGAGGCGGCCGCGGACGCUGCUGAAGCCGAGGAACGUAAGCGCAUUAAAGCCCAGCGCGUUGCGGAGAGGCGUGCGGACAUCACCUCUCGCCAUGCCAAGUGGGCAGCCGAGCUGGAGGCGCUAAUCGCGGCGGAGGAGCAGGCGCUUGCCGGUGUACUGGCAGCGAUCAGAGAGGGCGCGGCGAAGGAAUUGAGGAAGGGCAGAGUGCUAGCGGAGGGCGUUGAUGGGUCGAAAGAGGCCGCCACUGGCCCUAAGGAGGCCGUCGAUGCGGCACAGGCCGAGGGCGAGCGACUGCUCAAGGGGCUCGACUCAUACCUCAAGAAGGCCGCGAAGGCGCCGGAGAGCAAUGAUCAGGCGCGUUGGGGUCAAGUUCUGGAUGUCGUAGAGGCGAAGUUCGCGGAGGCGAUGGGGCGGCUGCAGGAUAAUGUUGCGACCUGGUACGAUGAAUUGCGACAGAGGGAGGCGCAGGAGGUUCUGGACUCGGCUGCGAAGGUUAAGGCUCUCGCCGAGCGUGCGCAGGCCGACCUUGGGAUUGGUUACGCCUGGCUUGACGAUGUCACGUACGCUGACUGGCAGCGCUAUCACGACUUGAUGAGGGCAUACGAGAAGUACGACUCUGACGCGCGCACGAUUGCCAAUGGCACCCACCCGCUCUCGCCCUCGGAUCCGCUCGUAGGCGCCAUGAGUGACACGCAGGAUGACGCGAUGACGAUCAUCGAGGGCUUCCAGGUCCGCAUCCGCGACCUGAAGGCGCUCGCAAGGGAUAUCUACUCUGCUGUCGACAAGAAGGCGGCGAAGGCGGCUGAGGACGUUGGUGCAGGGGCGACUAUUGGAUCUGUCGAUGCACCCGUAUCAGCGCUGCCCAUCGGCGAGCCCUCAGAUGUCUUCGCCAACCCCUCAGAGGCUGCAUCAGCACCGGAGGUGUCGAUCCUGCCUAUUGAUCCCAGCCCCAGCGCACCGGUGCCGGGCGUGGAGGGCUUGGACAAAAUCUUCGUUGGAAGGGGCGCGGAGGAGGUGAAGGAGGCUGUAGCGCGUGCGGAGAGCCUCGGGGCGAGUGUGUUGUCGAAGGGCUCGUCGGUGGCCGCAGAGGCCGUCCCUACUGUCACGCCUGACCACGAGGAGCUCUAGAUGACCACGAAGAGCUUCGAAGGCUCUUUCGGACUAUACUCGCAGUUUCAAUGGCUGCUCAUCUCGCCAUGCACCCUCACUAGGGUCCCUACCCCUUCUUGGCUAUCUUCCAUGCAGAUGGAAUUUUCCAUUGCCUCCUGGCUGUCUUCGACCCUGGCUGCACACCCCCGGAUGACUCGGUGUAUUUAUGUGUAAUGUCUAUCGCAUACAUAUCCCGUCGUGACCAUCGCACACCGUAUCGCAUAUUCCGUCGCUCGCGACACCGCAGUAGUAAAUAUUGUUGAAGGACCGGUACACAUACUUACUUUACGCUUGGAUGUUAUGGCUACUUCAGUGUCGUUGCAUCGCUUUUAUACAUUUUGCCUCACUCAAGAACCUGUGACUCGG